GUCUAUCGCGACCGUCCGCCGUGCGACCGCGCCUCGCCGCCCGUCCGCAGGCUCAGACCGACUCGCGGUAUCGUCCGAACUUCGUCCAACAGUUCCGAGUUAACCCUUCGGUGUAGGCGCCAACUUUUUGUAUUGCCGAUUUUGAACAAGUGCGACUUUGGUGUGAUUCGUUAGUGAUGUGAUUUGAAUGGAUUUUACUUUGAAUUACAAUCCUUGACGGAUUCUUUAAAACUGCAUUUAGUGGUAAUUCCCGAUCCAGGAAUAAUAAGAAAAAAAGAGAUAAAAUAGCCAUAAGUAGCCUAUACAUUGCCCAAAACCUCUACCUUCAAAUGAAAUCAGUUCAGCCGUUCCAGAGCUCUGAUGCGCGCUCCCGGGGGUCGCCAUGUCGGCGGUGAUGAGCACCCUCUCCAUGAUCAGCGGCGGGCGGCGCGCGCACCGCAAGCUCGCCAGCUCGCGCAAGUCGGGGCAGUUCUCGGACGCGGGCGAGGAGCGCGGCCGCGCCCAGCAUGAGCUCAGCAAGCAGCGCUCCAACUCCCUCCAAACCCUGGAGCCUGCGGGGGUCGUCAACCUCGAGAGCUUGGAAGCUAAGAUGGCCAGUAUCGAGGUGUCGCUGGCGGGCGCGGCGCGGCGGCGCAGUGCGGGCGCGCGCGACGCUUCCCGCGAGCUUGACGCGCUGCGCGCUGCGCUGGGCGACAAGGACACGCUCAUACAGAGUCUAAAGAAGCAGCUGAGCGCGUCUCUGAGCGCGGCGCGCCUGGCGGCGCACGCGGCGUCGCCGGCGCCCGGCGGCCGCGACGACGCCUGCGCGCUGUCGGCGGACGACCGGCGGGCGCUGGAGGAGCGCGCCGCCGCCGUGCGCGCCGAGCUCGACACCAGGAAGACCAAUAUCCUGGAGCUGAAGCGGCGCUUGGAGAAGACUCACGUCACUGAGAAUAUAGACACCCGUAUCGAGCAGGCAGAGCUGCAGUACCAGGUGGGGCGUGAGGAGUUGGAGCUGCUGACGCUGGGGGAGCAGGCUCGCGCGCUGGCGCUGCUCAUCGAGCAGGCGGACGCCGCGCACCGCACCACUCUGUACAGCACGGUCCGCGAGAGUGGCGGCAGCGCGGCGCUGGUGGCGGUGGAGGCGCGCGACAGCGUGUGGAGCGCGGCGGCGCGCGGCUCGGCCAUGCUCGUCGACUGGACCGAGCACCCCGGCAUGAAGACAGGCGACCGGAUACUGGAAGUGAACGGCAGUCCCACGCUGUGCUGCAGCCAGGAGGAGUUCCGGCGCGCCGCCCGCAGCGCCUCGCCCGCGCGCCUCGUGCUGCUGCGUGCGCUCCCGCCCGCGCACGCCCCGCCCGCGCCCGCACCGCAGGCGUUCACACAGAAUGAGGCAGCGUCUCUCCGCUGCGAGCUGGGCGCGCUGCGCGCGGCGGCCGAGGACGCGGAGCGCGCCAAGGAAGGGCUGCGGGCCGACAACACGCGCCUCACGCACCGCAUCUCCUACCUCGAGGAGCAGGUCGCCGAGCUGCUCAACAGGCAUCCACAGCUCCAAUCAGUAAGCAGUAACGACAGCUGCAUAACAGUGAACAAGACAAAGAAGAACGUAACCAGCAUCAGUAUUACCACCGAACCUCAACCGAAGACGAGUCCAAAGUCGGAAGUACAGGUCUUCCAGAAAGGACCCGACAUCACAGCCAUCGUUGCGAAAUUGCCGGGACUAGAUGGUGCGGAGGCUAAUUUGCCGGUGGUCAGGCCGCGGUCCAACGCGUCCGGCGCCUCGUCUAGAGUGGCCACUUCCCCGAGGACGUCGCCGACACCGAACAGGAGAUCCCACAGUUCGCACAGUCUCGAGCACCGAGCGAGCCGCAUCCGGCACUCGCUCUCCCAUCACUGCAUCCACGACUACAGCGCCGAGACCGACGCGGCCAUCCGCAUGAUAGAGAGAAACCAAAGACACAUGGAGAAGCAACGCAUAAAGACGGACAGGUUCAGCAGAUCCAAGACGGAAGAAAACUUCCGUUCGGACAGCGAUCUAGACAAGGAUUCGCGGUUCAAAGACGAACCACACGCUUGCGACCAAAGACGUAGCGAAAUUAAGAAAGCAGCAGAGAGGAUAGAAGAGAGUAUUAAGAAAACCAACUGGGCUGAGAGGAAAACUAUGUCUAUAAUCGAGCAGUUGAAACGCUCGCAACGUUUACGAAAAAUGAAGAAGAACGAAAGCGCUGAAAACAUCCAAGCGGAGUCAGAGAGGCAUUACAGUUACAAUAGGAUAGACGGAAAAGUUUUAGAAAACGCCCACAAAUCCAGUCGCAGAUCUUCAAAAUCACAUUGUCGCAGCGCUAAAUCUUCGGAGUUCGAGUCGGAAUGCUCCGAUUACCCCAACGGCGACGUGUACAGCAGCUCGCCGAGGUUGGACUACGGUUCCGAAAACUGUUCGAGGUUGAGCCACUACAUAAAGAACGAAGAGCGCGAGGAACUCAAAAGACCGACACCGCCGAGGAAACCGUUGCGGUUGUCCCUCCACAAGGCGCGAAGUGCGCAUUCAAUAAUGAACGGCAGCGAGUCGGAGACGACCAGCAGGCCACCGUCGGAAGCGCAAAAUGGGGAUGUGGGACAAAUAUCGCAUUGCAAACGGCCAGUGAAGAGGACCCACGCAAAUGACAAGUGGGCCAGAGAGAGAAUCCGAGACGGAGGCCGCGCGACCCCGCGCCCCGCUAGGAAAGUGAUGAACGGUUUGUCGGCUUGCGAGGCGCCCGCCGCUGACGACCUGUACCCAGAGUCCAUGCACAUCACGAGAAGGAAUGGCUUGCUCCAAUCCGCGGGCAAAUGGUGCUAGCGAGAUACUAAUGUAUAUAGAGCUAAAUGUAUAUUCAUUUAAGAGCUUAUUUUAGACAUACAUUAAUUUAUACAAACGUAUAUUGGAUAAGAAUUUUCUAUAAAGGUCCUAAUAUCAUCUGGAACAUACCUAUAGAGGCUAAACCAAAGGCCAUGAUCUUGUGCAAUACUACCAAGUACAAUACUCAAAACCAUGGCCUCGGAUAUAAACUUUCAAACGUUGAUUUUAGUGCAUGUUAUAAACAAUUGUUGUAAAUAUAAUUUAUAAUAAACGCAGCACCCACCGGUAAAUACUGUCAUUGUAAAGUGUAUUUACUUGACCAAGCCAAAUAGUCACCUGCGGACAUAGGGGAAUUAUAAAUGGUCUAAGCCUGCGCAACAUCAGACUGCUCUGUCGCCAAAACAUAUUCCUAUCACCUAUACAUUCUGCGGCAUAAUAUUCUUAGAUUCGCGUACUAGAUAGACGUUCAACAUCAACUCAACUCAAGAAAAUAAACAUCACAAUAUCUCAAGUAAAUUGAGAGAGAGUAAAUGUCAAGUUCAAUAUUAAGGAACGUUUAAUUCGAGUCAAAUUGAUGCGACUUGGUCGAACGCUGAACAAAAUCUAAAAGCCAAUUAUUAUGAAAGUGUUCGAUGUAUGUAUUACCACUAAUCGAUCAGGCUAAGGUUGAAGAUGAACCUCAAAACCAUUAAUUACUUAUUAUUGUCGACUUAACCUAUUUGGCUCAGGCAAGUACCUAAGUAUAAUAAAUGUAAAAUAAACAAUAUGGAAAUAAAACAGUUUCUCAGACAA